AGCUCCUCUCCUGCCCAGCAGGGCUGAGGGCACUGCCUGCUGGCACUUGAGAGGAAUGAAGCAGACAGAGGCUCAAAGAAACAGGAAGGACAAUUCCGUGCUUCAUCGUGCAGAAAUGUUCCCCACUUCUGACAGGGACCUCAUGUCCAGAGCGAAGAAAUGUCCAACAGCAGCUCCAUCAGCCACUUCCUGCUGCUGCCAUUGGCACACACGCGGCAGCUGCAGCUCCUGCACUUCUGCCUCUUCCUGGCCAUCUCCCUGGCUGCCCUCCUGGCCAACGGCCUCAUCAUCAGCGCCGUAGCCUGCGGCCACCUCCUGCACAGCCCCAUGUUCUUCUUCCUGCUCAACCUGGCCCUCAGCGACCUGGGCUCCAUCCUCACCACUGUGCCCAAAGCCAUGCAAAAUUCCCUCUGGGACACCAGGAACAUCUCCUACGCAGGAUGUGCUGCACAGCUCUUUUUGUAUGCAUUUUUUAUGUCAGCAGGGUAUUGCCUCCUGACUGUGAUGUGCUACGACCGCUACGUGUCCAUCUGCAAACCCCUGCACUACGGGACCCUCCUGGGCAGCAGAGCUUGUGCCCACAUGGCAGCAGCUGCCUGGGCCAGUGCCUUUCUCAAUGCCCUGCUGCUGACAGCCAAUACAUUUUCCCUGCCCCUGUGCCAUGGCAAUGCCCUGGGCCAGUUCUUCUGCGAAAUCCCACACAUCCUCAAGCUCUCCUGCUCACACUCCAGGCUCAGGGAACUUGGGCUCAUUGUGCUAAGUGUUAUUCUAUAUUUUGGCUGUUUUGUGUUCAUUGUUUUCUCCUAUGUGCAGAUCUUCAGGGCUGUGCUGAGGAUCCCCUCUGAGCAGGGACGGCACAAAGCCUUUUCCACCUGCCUCCCUCACCUGGCUGUGGUCUCUCUGUUCCUCAGCACUGGCACAUUUGCCCACCUGAAACCUCCCUCCAUCUCCUCUCCAUCCCUGGAUCUGUCAGUGUCAGUUCUGUACUCGGUGGUGCCUCCAGCCCUGAACCCCCUCAUCUACAGCCUGAGGAACCAGGAGCUCAAAGCUGCAGUGUGGACACUGAUCACUGGACCAUUUAAUUAACACUAAACUGCUGGC